AUGUCCGCGGCUCAAGCAUAUCUGAUGGCGGCAAUGCCAGAUGCCAGCCUGUUCAACUUCCCCCCUACCAACGAACCCACGCCUCUCUCACCUGCGCCUGUGGCCGUCUCCUUCAUGCGGCCGUUCAACAUCCCCGACAACAUCUACCAGGCAGCUCUUGACCCCAAGGUCCCUCUGACUAUUGCCGCGCUGUACGCCGUGACUGCCAAGGCCCUGAACAAGUUCAAUGCCUCCCGCAACAAGAAGCCUUGGGCCAUGAGCCAAACCAGGCCCUUCUUCGCCUUCGUCGUCUUUCACAACGUGCUGCUCGCUGUCUACUCGGCAUGGACCUUUUGGGGCAUGUUGAGUGGCAUGCGACGCAGCAUCCCCAGCAGCACACAGAUGGGGCGUAUUUGGAACGAAGGACUCAACUACUAUGGCUGGAUUUUCUACCUGAGCAAGUUUUACGAAGUCUUGGAUACCUUCAUUAUCCUCGCCAAGGGCAAAUUCAGCUCUACCCUGCAGACCUACCAUCACGCCGGUGCCAUGCUUUGCAUGUGGGCUGGUAUGCGCUACAUGUCUGCUCCUAUCUGGGUAUUUGUUCUGGUCAACUCGUUUAUCCAUGCUCUCAUGUACACCUACUACACCCUGACGGCUUUCUCAAUCAGGGUCCCCAUGGUUAUCAAGCGAACUCUGACCACUAUGCAAAUCACCCAGUUCAUCGUGGGUGCCACGUAUGCCAUCCUGCACUCUUUCGUCACCUACGUCGCCCCCAUUACCGUCACCAAGAUCGCCACCGAGGCGAUUGAACUGCCAGCCGCACCCGCCGAUGCUGCCAUGCCCACUGCCACCGGUGCCUUGGACUCUCUUAAGAAGUUCAUCUUUGGCUCUGCUGCAUUGGACUCUGUUGCCUCUGGUGCUGUCAAGGAAUCCGCGCUCAUUACUGAGACUUCUUAUGUGGCUCAGCCCUGUAUUUCUACCGCUAACGAGACCUUUGCCAUCUGGCUGAAUGUUUUGUACCUUGCCCCUUUGACCUACCUGUUCGUUAGCUUCUUCAUUGCCAGCUACGUCAAGCGCAGCACUGCAAAUAGCAAGAUUCCUGGCAAGACCAACCGCCGUCUCAGCAACGUGACUCUGGCCGAGAAGGCCGGCUGGGAUGCUGCCCGUGGUAUCGAGAGGGAAGUCUAUGGAGGUGAAAACAUGGUUAACGGCCAUGCCAAUGGUCACAUCGAGGCUAUCGAGGAGGCGGACGAGCCGGCAUCCACGAAGACCAACGGCCGUGCUAGAAGAAAGGCGUAA